CGGGUGCCGCGCCAGCCGGCUGAGGCGCACGGCUCACUGGCGGCGCCAUGCGCGGCUCCGGCGCCUGGCCGCUUCUGCUGCUCGCGCGGCACUGCCCGGCGGUACCGGGGCGUCUCCUGCCGGCUGCCUGCCUGUGGACCCCGGUCACUCGCGCCCCAGGGUCUCUGCCCCUGCUCACGGGCCUGAGAGCGGCGCGGCCCUGGGGCGCAGGGCCGGGGCUCGUCGUGGGUACUGGAGGCGCGCGCUGCCUGGCUGGGGGUCCCGAGGGCCCCGGGCGCGGUGCGACCGUCGUGCGGCUCUUGGGGCUGUGGGCUCGGCCUCGGGACGCCUGCAGGUGCGGAGCGCUCCUCGGGCCGGGGACUCGCCGGCUCCUGAGCGCCGGGCCCCCUGGCGGCCCCGCAGCCGCUGCCCGGGCGGGAGGCGAGGCCUGGCGGCGCGGGUCGGCGGCCACUGCUGGGGACGACUCGCGCCUGCGGCCGGCAGAGGUCCAGCGAUCCGAUGCCCGGAAGCUCCUGGGGCUGGCGUAUCCCGAACGCGGGAGACUGGCAGCUGCAGUUGGCUUUCUGGCUGUGUCCAGUGUCAUCACCAUGUCUGCCCCGUUCUUCCUGGGGAAGAUCAUUGAUAUCAUCUACACCAAUCCCACUGUGGACUACGGCGACAAUCUGACCCGCCUCUGCCUCGGGCUCGGCUGUGUGUUUCUGUGCGGUGCUACUGCCAAUGCCAUUCGCGUCUACCUCAUGCAGACCUCAGGCCAGCGCAUUGUGAACAGGCUGAGAACUUCGCUGUUUUCCUCCAUUCUGAAGCAGGAGGUGGCCUUCUUCGACAAGACUCGCACCGGAGAGCUGAUUAACCGCCUCUCCUCAGACACGGCGCUCCUGGGGCACUCGGUUACCGAGAACCUCUCAGACGGGCUGAGGGCCGUGGCCCAGGCUUCUUUCGGCAUUGGCAUGAUGUUUUUCAUCUCACCCAGUCUGGCCACCUUUGUUUUGAGUGUGGUGCCUCCAAUAUCUAUUCUUGCAGUGAUUUAUGGACGAUAUCUGCGGAAACUGACCAAAGUCAGGCAGGAUUCACUGGCACAAGCCACUCAGCUAGCUGAGGAACGUAUUGGAAAUAUAAGAACUGUUCGGGCUUUUGGAAAAGAGGUGACUGAAAUGGAGAAAUAUGCUGGCCAAAUGGACCACCUGAUGCAGUUGUCAAGAAAGGAGGCGUUUGCUCGGGCUGGCUUCUUUGGCGCAACUGGGCUCUCUGGGAACCUGAUUGUACUUUCCGUCCUGUACAAAGGAGGGCUGCUGAUGGGCAGUGCCCACAUGACAGUGGGUGAACUCUCUUCCUUCCUAAUGUAUGCUUUCUGGGUUGGAUUAAGCAUUGGAGGUCUGAGCUCUUUCUACUCGGAGCUGAUGAAAGGAUUGGGCGCAGGGGGACGCCUCUGGCAGCUCAUAGAGAGAGAGCCCAAGUUGCCUUUUAAUGAGGGCAUCAUUUUAAAUGAAAGGAGCUUCCAAGGUGCUUUGGAGUUUAAGAAUGUACAUUUUGCCUAUCCAGCUCGGCCAGAGGCACUCAUCUUUCAGGAUUUCAGCCUGUCCAUUCCAGCAGGAUCUGUCACAGCACUGGUUGGCCCGAGUGGCUCUGGCAAAUCUACAGUGGUCUCCCUCCUCCUGCGGUUGUAUGAUCCUGUUUCUGGAACUAUCAAUCUUGAUGGCCAAGACAUCCGACAGCUAAACCCAGCAUGGCUGAGAUCCAAGAUUGGGACCGUGAGUCAGGAGCCGAUUUUGUUUUCUUGUUCUAUCGCGGAGAACAUUGCUUAUGGUGCCGACAACCCAGCCUCAGUGACUGCUGCCCAGGUGGAGAGAGUGGCUGCAGUGGCCAACGCGGCUUCUUUCAUUCAGAACUUCCCCCAAGGCUUUGACACUGUGGUCGGAGAAAAGGGUGUUCUCCUCUCAGGUGGGCAGAAGCAGCGGAUUGCAAUUGCCCGUGCUCUGCUGAAGAACCCCAAGAUCCUUCUACUAGAUGAAGCAACCAGUGCCCUGGAUGCUGAAAAUGAACACCUUGUUCAAGAAGCUCUAGACCGACUGAUGGAAGGGAGGACAGUGUUGAUUAUUGCCCACCGUCUGUCUACCAUUAAGAACGCUAACAUGGUUGCUGUUCUUGACCAAGGGAAGAUCAUUGAAUAUGGGAAACAUGAGGAACUGCUUUUAAAACCAGAUGGGAUAUACAAAAAACUAAUGAACAAACAAAGCUUUAUUUCUACAUAAAGAAGCCAUUACUGGUAAACUGAAUGUAAGAGACUGAAUGUAAGAGUAAAACAGUAUUGUGGAAAGAAAAUACUUAGAAACUAAGUAAUCUGUGAAUUGUACUUCAAAUUAUUUGAAAUAUUUUUUCCAAAGUAUGUAAAAUAUUUUCAAAUGUAUUUUGUUCUCAAGACCUUUUUGUUCAGAGUUUUAAUCAUAAUUUUCUAAAUGUCUAUAGCACUGAAGUUAUUUUCAGGUUUGGUACUUUCUUUUAUCUUGGAUAUCAUAAUUAAUAUAGCAUGGCACCCUACUUCCUUUUCCCUGCUGUUAUGUGUUAAAGCUACUGUCAAAUGACAACUUGAAAGGGAAUUAUCAAUAAAAAGCCUACUUCUUUUAGGCCAUUUUACCAUUCACUGUGACCCACUGCUUGGGGUUGGUACAGUAAAAGGAAAUGAAGACCUUUUAUCCUGAUGUGUUAUGCUGAUGUUCUCCUCACACAUAGACAGAAGUCAUCAUUUUCAUUUGGAGAAAGGACAAUGUUUAUGUUGCCUGUACUCCACGUCCUCAGAUGUGUGAUUGUUUAGGAAUAUGUGUUCCAAAGGGAUGUGACAAGAUUUGAAAGCCUCAGCAUUUUGGGAUAUGAAAGCCUGAUGAGUUUUAUAAGCAGAAGGAUGUAUGUUGCCACGCACAGGAAAAUUUCUAUUUUCACAUGUUUGUUUCUGUGAGUGCUUUUGGGAAACAAGGCUUGAAGUGCCUUGUAUUAUCAAGAAAAAUAGCCAAAAUUAAUUUUACAUUUUAGUUUGAAAGCAUGUAUUUUGACAGUUAUCUUGAAAAUUUCAACUUCUCAAACUAAAAUGUAUAGAUAUUUUGGUAAAACUUCUGCAACUUUGUUGAUGGUAGUAAUAUUUUUCAUCAUCAAACAUUUGAAGAAAUCUUAGAAGUUCUUGUUACUCCAUGAAAUAAUAAGUCUUAAGAAUUUAAGAAUGUGUCUUAAAUGUCUUCCUGAAAAGAAGACAUUAGGAACUGUUUUUCUUUGACUUAUGGUUAGAAUUUUGGUCACUUAAGUGUCUUGAGACUCUUAAGGCAAUAUGACAACCAUUGAAUUUGCCAUUCUUCAGAUUGUUAAUUUGCUGUUGCCUCAAUUAGGGGGAAAAAAAGUGCUGUUUCUACAUUGAUGAUACCCAAACUAUAAAGCAAUUAUGUUGAAGCUUUUCCAUGUGUGGAGUAUUCACUAGUUCCCUGAAUAAAUUGGCUUAAACCUA